AUGACCACAGCCUCCUUCUGGAUUGAAAUAAUCCCCAAACCCAUCUAUGUCAGCGGCACUGGCCCUCCAAUGGCGCCAAUCACCCUGCUGCCGGAGCACGACGAGGAGAGCUGGGUCAUCGCAGAGGUAAUUGAGUACAAGAAGGUGCCUCACUAUGUCGUUCACCCGAAGGGCAAGCCGGUGGUGCGCAAGAUCAUCGCGAAAAAUGAGGCUCUCGACUGGGUUUCACCAUUGGUUUACGAAGAGUUUGAGAUGGCGGAGGGAUUGAGACGGGAUGCUCGAGAGGAGGAAUUGAAGCAGGAAAAAGAGCGGAGUAAACUCACCAAGAAUGGGAAGAAAAGAGGCCGCCAAUUCAGGAACGCUCAAACGGAAGCAUCCGCGUCUCUUGUUGAUUCCAUCGAGACGGAGACCGACACACCAGACGACGGUGCUCACCUAUCCAGCUCAUACCUUCCACAACCUUCCAACCUACAACCCUCCCUCUCCAAACCCUCACUAUCACAAUCAAACAUCAGAAUGGACUCAGCCUUCGACACCGAAAACACCGAAGACGAGGGAGUGAUAUCAAGAACCAUGGACCCCCCCCCGAGCAAACGCUCCCGCACAUCCACGAGCGAGGGACUCUCCAGUAAGACCCCAAGAAACCUUUCAGAACCCCUCUUAAGCCCUCAGACGGUGCAGAAGAAUAAUCCCGCACCCACCUCCAAAACACACCCACGGUCGAAAUCUAUGGCUGAGCCUUCAACUCCACGCCACACGCCAUCGCCUUCAAAGAUACGCACUUCGGAGACGCACUCGCUGAGAGAUCGGUCCGCGCAGCCGUUUUACGGACGCCAGCGCCAGAGGUCACAAAAGGUUUUCCCCCAUCAAAGCGCAUCACCAGCCAAGUCACGGAGAUCGACAACUGCGCCGAGACAACCCACACGAUCCAGCUCGCGCUCGAGAAACGCGACUCCCAGCGGAGGGGUACAGAAAGGCUGGAAAUCCGCCCCCCCCAAACCAAACACCUCAACCCCCCAAAAGCGAUCCAAGAGCACCACCUCUACCCCCUCGAAGCCCAAACCUGCCCCGCCCACUGCGGAAUCCGCCGAUGACGCCAACGGGAACAAGAAUGACACGACAGAAAGCAAGCAGUGGAAGGUAACCCGCCUCCUGGACGAUAAAUGGGAAAUGAAAACGCGGCGCCGAUGCCAUUACUACCUCACGCAGUGGGCGGGCGGCUAUGAACCCACCUGGGAGCGGUCCACGAAUAUCACGAGUGAUUUGAAGGCCGAGUAUGAGACCUGGAUGAAGACUCCUGAGGGGAAGGCGCAUAAGGAGAGAAAGGAGGCUGUUGAGAAGAGCGCCAGGGCUGAGAUUGACAGGGACGUCGUGAUGGCACCGGGAAUCCAGGACCAGAGUCAGAACUCAAGCAGAAUCACCUCGGUGGAUGAUCAGGUACAAGUUUCUAAGAGACUAGGCGCCCAUACCGGCGACAUCUUUGCCCCAGACGACAAUACCAACGGCGUCGACUCCCCUGACCCCCUCGCAGCCGGUAUGCCCACUACAGUGAAGCGCGAGCAGUCCGAAGAAAGCAUGGACGAGCUGCGACCUGCGCGAAGCCCCUUCUCACCCCCCCUUUCCCAAGCCGCUGCUAAUGCUGUGGAGUCGGAUGCGGAGUAA